AUGUAAGAUUAAAUAAGGUAAAAUGUAAAAGAAUAGUAUAAAAAUUCUGUAUAUAAUUAAUUGGAUUAAUGUUUUUCAUCCUAAUCAUCUUUCAGUAAUUUGCUUAGUAAUUAUUGUUAUAAGUUUAAUAGGUUAAGGGUAUAAACGGCUCCUGCAAGACCUUUAAGUGAUAUAGAGGAGUUCAAAAGAAGCUAUAUAUUUAUGAUUUUGGAAUAAAAUAUUAUUUUAAAUUAAAGGCUUUUAUAAACUGAUUAUUAAAAAUUUGACCUUGACUCAAUUAUCGGAUAAAAAAUUUUCAAAAAAUAUCUCAAGAAUAUUUAAAAAUUAAUAAAGGUUCUUAAAUGUUAAAAAGGUUCGAGAAAAUACAGAAGUGAUUUUUCAAAAGCUUAUAGAAUAUUAUUUAAGGAAGGUGAAUUAAAUUAUUUAACUGAAAUAUUUGAUAGUGCAUAAGAAGGUUUCCCUUAUUUAUAUGUAAAUGGCGAAAAAUUUGUAUUUACAGAAUAAGUAAUAGAAUUAGGCCGCUAGUUAAUGCAAAGUUUUUUAAAAAUGUAAAAUACAAUAAAAUUUACUUAUUUAAAAAUAUGUUAAAAUGUCCAAGAAUAAACAUGUGAGGAAUUAAAAAUAUAUUUAAAAUAAAGUCUUGAAAUAUUUGAUAAUAAUUGGGCUUAAUUUGAGAAACAAUAUAUAAAUGAAUUAAUAAUUAUUGAAGCUAAAUCAAGAAAAUAUAUAUAAGAUGCUAUAGAUAUAUAAUAGAAAUUAUAAGAAAUCGAAUAAAAGGAGAAAUUUAAAGGUAAAUACUUCAUUUAAAACGAAGAAUAUAUAAAACUUUAAAAAUAAUUAUGUAAAUAAAUUUCGUUAAUAAAUUCUAUAGCUAAUAUGGAAGGAAAAGGAAGGGAUGAUUUAGAUUUCGAAAUUUUAUAAGAAGCAGAAAAUGUUUUAAAAAAAAUCACAAAUGAAUAAUCGCUUGCGGUUAGAAGUUUGGCUGAAAAAAUUAAAUAAUGCUUUUAAAAUUUAAGGGAAAUAUUUAUAAAGUAUUAAGAAAGUAUAGAUACUCUUGAUCCUUAAUUAAAAAAUAAUACUGAUCUAGUAGAAGCUUUAUAUCAAUAUGAAGUUUCUUGGGAAAAAGGUAAAAACUAUUUUCUUGAUGCAUAAAAAACUAGUUUUUUAAUAUAAUUUACUCAUAUAAUAGAAGCUACAAGUUGUAAAUAUAAAGAAUUUAAAGAAUAACUUGAAUUUAGAGAUGCUGAUAUGUUUCUUAAUAUUCCAUGUUUAUUGGUUUUAAAAUUAUUAGAAAAAGAAGAUAAAAAUAUUUGCAAUUAUUUUUUACCUUAAAUAUUUUAUAAAGACCAUAAACUUAAUUCAAUUUAUAAAUAAUUAGAUUAAGAAUAUUAAGAAUGGAAGAAAUAAUUUAAAAAAAACUACUUUUAUUAUAAUUUUUUAGAAAAAAAAUUACUUAAUAUUAAAAUUAAUGAAUAUGAUAAAAUAGUUGUUGGAAAUCUUUCUUAGGCUGAUAAAAUUGUACAUAAAAUUAAAUAAUUAGCUAUUGAAAUUUAAAGAAAUAUUCCUGUUGAAUGGAAUAAUUUUUUAGAUGUUUCUUUAAAUUGA